AUGGUUUUUAGCAGAAGAGAAAAUAGCAAUCUUUCUCAGGUUUUUAUGGAUAUACGUGAAAGCAUGAAGACUUCGGUUGCUAUAAGACUGGUUAUCCCAUUUCCUCUCCUAUGUGGACCAGCACUUCAUUGCAAGGAAACCCCUUCCAAGGAUGUACGAACUCUUAUUCAUAAAGAACGCGAGGAUAAACAGAUUGAUAGGGCAAUUAUAAAAAAUGUGUUAGAUGUCUAUGUUGAGAUUGAGAUGGGAAAGAUGGACAGAUACAAACAGGAUUUUGAGCGCUUCGUCCUUCAGCGUACCAAACUUUACUAUUCUGAAAAGGCGAGAAGCUGGAUCGAAGACAAGGAACAUUCUUUCCCUAAUUACAUGCUAAAGACUGAGGAGUGCCUUAACAAGGAGAGGGAGAGAGCCAUUCACUACCUUCAUUUUAGAACUGUGCCCAAGCUAGUUCAGGCACUACUAAAUCAAUUGUUGGUUAUGGCUCCGAAAGAGCUUCAAGAAGAAGAGCACUUAGGGUGCCUUGCAUUGCUCUAA